AUGCAUGCCUCUUUGCACUUCACCACCACCAACACUCCACCAUCCUCUUCCACACUUCCCAAAAAUUCCAUUCAAAUUACUCGCUCACCCACAACACAGAUCACAUGCAAAAUCCUCAUCAACCCAUCCAAGAAAACCCUACCCCAGAAAACCCAAAAACCUCUAUGGCCAAACACUAAACCAUUGUUACCACAAUUGAACCCUAUCAAACCCAAUAUUCACCAACCUCGCCUAAACCCACUUCAAAAAUUAGCAGCCUCACUCCUGAACACAAUAGAAACCUCACUGAUAGAGCCUCUAGAAAAGAAGCAAAGUUUGCCCAAAACCAUUGACCCGGCGGUCCAAAUAUCCGGUAAUUUCUCACCGGUUCGGGAGUGUCCAGUUCAGUACGGUUUAGAGGUAGUGGGUCAAAUCCCAGAUUGUCUACGUGGCGUUUAUGUCCGAAACGGCGCCAAUCCAAUGUUUGCGCCGGCAGGCGGACACCACUUGUUUGAUGGGGACGGAAUGAUCCACGCGCUCACUCUAGGCUCAGCUAACCGAGCCAGCUACAGCUGUAGGUACACCCGCACGAGCCGGCUAGAGCAAGAAGUCAAGAUGGGCAGGUCUAUAUUCCCGAAGCCGAUUGGUGAGCUUCAUGGUCACUCAGGACUGGCUCGGCUCUGCUUGUUCAUGGCUCGAGCCGCAGUCGGCUUGGUUGACUGCUCUCGUGGGACUGGCGUGGCUAAUGCUAGCUUGGUUUAUUUUAACGGACGAUUAUUAGCCAUGUCCGAAGAUGAUCUUCCGUACAAUGUGAAAAUCAAGGGUGAUGGUGAUCUUGAAACAAUUGGACGGUUCGAUUUUAACGGUGGGCUGGACCGGCCCAUGAUUGCUCAUCCCAAGGUGGACCCCGUAACGGGUGAGCUCUACGUGCUGAGCUACGACGUGGUGAAGAAACCGUACCUCAAGUACUUCAAGUUUGGCGCGAGCGGGACAAAGUCACGUGACGUGGACAUCACGCUAGACCAACCAACUAUGGUGCAUGAUUUUGCUAUAACCCAGAACUAUGUGGUGAUCCCGGAUCAGCAAGUGGUAUUCAAGUUAUCCGAAAUGAUCAAAGGCGGGUCGCCCGUCAUCUACAACCCGAACAAGACGUCUCGGUUUGGAAUUUUGCCUAAAAACGAUGUGGAUGAAUCGGGGAUUCAGUGGAUUGACGUGCCCAAUUGCUUUUGUUUCCAUUUGUGUAAUGCAUGGGAGGAAACUUCGGAAGUGGGUGACCCGAUUAUUGUUGUGAUCGGGUCGUGCAUGGACCCACCUGAUUCGGUGUUUAACGAGCACGAAAACAACCCAAUUCGGGCUGAAUUGACGGAAAUGCAAAUGAAUUUGAGGACUCGAGAAUCAAGCCGCCGUGUCUUGGUCCCGGGUUUGAAUUUGGAAGUGGGGCAAGUGAAUAAAGAGGUGGUAGGGCGAAAGAGCAAGUAUGUGUACAUGGCUAUAGCCGAGCCGUGGCCCAAGUGUUCGGGCAUUGCUAAGGUGGAUUUGGAAACUGGUUCGGUGACUAAGCAUUUGUAUGGGACCGGCCGGUUUGGAGGUGAACCCUUUUAUGUGCCGAAAAGGAAAAAUGAUAGCAUGGGAAACCAUGUUGAAGAAGAUGAUGAUGGGUUUAUAAUGGGUUUUGUGAGGGACGAGGUUGAUGAGAGCUCGGAGCUAGUGAUAUUGAAAGCUUCAAGCAUGAAGCAAGUGGGGUUGGUGAGAUUGCCCGCUAGGGUUCCAUAUGGAUUCCAUGGUACAUUUAUUAGUGAACAAGAUUUGAAGGAACAGGCAUAA